UUUAAAAUGGUGCGGUUUUCCUCAUAAAAAAAUAAUGAAACGGCAACUAACAUGAUAGCAUCUUUGUAGCUUUUCAAUCUCACGGGCAACUAAUAGUCUAAAAACCCCUUUAAUGCACUUGUGUAAAUCAAGUACACAGAUUUGAAUUGAUUAUUAUCAGAUUUAUCACAAAGAGCGCAUGUAUAUAUACUGUUCUUAAGUACUUGAUAGCAAUCUAUUAAGUUUAUGCUAACAAAGAUGGGUAGUGAAGAAGCAAUACUGUUUGAUCUUAAUAGCUUGCCGGAAGGAUGUAUUUCCACGAUUCUUUCUCUGACAUCUCCCGUUGAUGCGUGUAAAUCAUCGGUCGUGUCUUCUACAUUUCGUAUGGCUUCAGAUUCUGAUGUUGUUUGGGAGAGAUUCUUGCCUUCUGAUUAUAAGCAAAUUCUCUUGAGAUCAGUUUAUUCUACUCAUAUUUUCGAGUUUUUGCCGAAGAAAGAGUUAUAUUUAAGACUUCGCCGGGAACCUGUUAUGCUUGACAAUGGUACCAAAAUUUUCUCACUUGAUAAAUCAACUGGCAAAAUCCAGUACAUGUUGGGUGCAAGGGAACUUUCUAUUGCUGAUGGAAACAAUCCAUUGUGUUGGGGCUGGAAAUUAGCACCAGAAUCAAGGUUUUCAGAAGUGAUAAUACUAAGAAGUAUUACUAAUUUAAAAAUCCGUGGCAAAAUCAAAACGUCGAUGCUUUCGCCGGAGACGACUUAUGCUGCCUAUCUUAUCGUCAAAUUUGAAGAAUGGGCCUACGGGUUAGACUCUAUACCAUCUGAACUGCUGCUAGGCGAAAAUGAUGGCAAUUCUGGUAACAAAGGGUUUGCUUAUUUAAGUCGGGCCAAUGACAAGAAGAAACAACAGAUGAAGCAACUUUUUUUCGUGAGCCGAAUGCAAAUGAUGAGAUCUAAGGUGAUCAUGGGAGAUGAUCAAGGCAAGGAAAUGAGAGUUCUUCGUGACAGAAAUGAUGGGUGGAUGGAAAUUGAAUUGGGAGAAAUUUAUAUCAGUGAGGAUGGAAAAAGUGAUCAUAACAAAGAAGUGAAAAUGAGUUUAAUGGAGGUGAAAGGUGGUCACAUUAAAGGAGGUCUUAUUGUUCAGGGGAUUGAAGUGAGACCUAAAUUGAGAUGGUUCCAAACAACCUAUCACAACAUGAAAGCAACACAGAUAUGAGAACCGACUUUUUUUACCAAAGUUUUUAUAGGCCUUGUUCGGUAACCAUUAUGAUUAUCUAUUUAGAUUAUAGAUAAUCAUAAACUUUUUUUUUGUGAUUGGAAAAGGAAAUUUUAUUAACUAGCAAAUGUAAUGUAUAAGAUUUACAAUUUCAUUUUUAUCAAAAAUAUUAGAGAGAAUGCUAG